GUUUGAUCGAGGAACGAUUCUGUACAAAUACAACGUAAGAUUCAGAAGCAACCAAAUAUGGCGCGCGAGGGACAGCACGACUAGAGAUCGAGAAGAACUCGACGCCCCAAUACACGGAACUUCGCCAGACAGACUUCUUUAUUGAGACGAACAAACAGUGAUCCAAAGGCGACUACCAGACCAACUGCUCGGAGAAUCAUGACGACAACAGUAACAGAGACCGUUGACCCUAGUCUCUGGCCCUCGUUAUGGACAGACGAACAAGAGUCAGCACUGCUGCACGCUAUUGUCCGGUGGAAACCUGUUGGCAUUCAUAAACACUUUCGAAUGAUCGCAAUACGAGACCAUCUCCUGUCACAAAACGUGACUAGUGCCGAGGAUCCGCAUACUACAAUAGCCGGAAUAUGGGCCAAACUCUCCACGUUAUACGAUCUGCCCAAGUUAGACGAACGUGAGAAUGCCACGGUCGAUAUUUCCGACGACCCCGAGAACGAGACACUGUAUUUCAGGGAUUUCGAACUGCCGAGGGAGGAUUUUGAGGAGAUGAUGUGGCAGAAGCGCCUUGCGCCCGAUGGCACACAGAGCCCCGAAUGGUCGAGAAGGGGAAGCACGGUCGCCGACACAGAUGAGCCACGGUCAAGCCCGAUCCCAGCAGGCUCAGCCAGAGGAGGACGCAAGACCCGCCGAGGACGGUCUUCACGGUUGCAGAAUGAAGUUGAGACGGACCGAAGUAGCAGGCGAACGAGUAAAGCAAACAGUGCGGCGGAUGAGGAUCAGACCAUGGAUGACGCAGCUGAUGAGGAAGAAGACGAGCAGGCCACCGGGGAUGACGAGGAAAGUGAGGAAGAGGAAGAGCCAGAGGAGAAAAAAGGAUCUACGAGAGGGGGCCGAGGCGGAAGGAGAGGCAGAGGCAGAAGGGGACGAAGAGGAAGAUGAUCUAUCCAUCCAUUGACUCGAGAGAUGUCUAACAAGUCUCAUGUUCCAGUGGCUUUCCUCUCGGGUCGACCGCGAUCCUUAUCCGAGGGCCUUUGUUUC